GUGGAAACACGAUUGAAUGAAGAACGUGUUCGUGUUCAAACAUAUCUACAUAUAAGUACUCUUCCUAAAUUAAUCAGAUCUUGUGAACAUUAUCUAAUUGGUGAACAUAUUGAUCGGUUAACAUCUGUCUUCCCAGAUCUAUUCAACGAGGAUAGAGAAGAAG